AUGGCGCCCCGUGUUAGCGAUGCAAUCAAAGAGGAUCACCGUGAACUCGAACAAUACUAUGAUCAGAUCAUCCAAUCAACUGAUCAGGAUGAGCAGACGAGGUAUCAGAACCUAUUCACCUGGGAAUUAGCUCGUCAUUCCAUCGGCGAAGAGCUCGUGAUUUAUCCCGCCAUGGAAAAGAAUGUCGCCAAUGGUAAAGCUCUGGCCGAGAAGGAUCGCAGGGAGCACCAGAGCGUCAAGGAACAAUUGAAAAAGUUCCAGAAUCUCAAUGCUUCAGAUGCAGAAUUUAUUCCGACUCUCAAGGCCCUCAUGGAGGACCUCGCGUCUCAUAUCAAGGAAGAGGAAGCAACGGAUCUGCCCGCCUUGGAGGAGGGCCUGUCCUCGGAAGAAAGCGAGAAGCUUUCUGAGUCGUUUGGUCGAACCAAGAUGUUUGUGCCUUCUCGCUCUCACCCGAGUGCUCCGAGUAAGCCGCCGUAUGAGACGGCUGUGGGCCUUCUUGCAGCGCCCAUUGACCAUCUGGCGGAUCUUUUCCGCAAAUGGCCUGAGACUUCUACCAUGCCUAACCCGUCUACCGAGUGA